AUGUAUGUAUCCCCAUUUCACACUAUUAUCUAUACAACACUCCCAUUCAUCGUCCACCCCCGUCUCGGCGACGUCUGUGCUCCUUACUGGGCUACCGGACUGGAUGAGCGUGGUGAGACGAUAAUUUCGGAAUUCCGAGGCACUGGAUUCGCUGGGUCUGCAGUCCGAGAUGGAAGUUGUACAAGGCGAGGCACUGUUCUUUCGAGGGAAUGGUGGUUUCCAUUAAGAAAAAUGGAAUUUUCUUAUUUACGAGGGCAGGGGGGGAGGGAAGGGAAGGAUAACGGGGACGAGAAAACGAAAUGGAAGAGAGAACAUCGAAGGGGGUGUGAUGUUACUUUCAGUCUACUUACCCUCUACAUAAAACAUCCGAUGUAG